AUGCCUUCCCAUCUCAGCAACUCGCCUUUCAUCUCCCUCAGACCCGACCACGAGUGCGGCCGCUCCAAAUCACAAGCGCCUACACCACCAACUCGCAGCUUUGACACUCUCAGCGGCGCCGCCAGUCCAAACGGCAAUGGCAACGGCUACAACUCGUCUGGUCACGGCAGCCUGAACUCCACCCCGUACACCAACGGCCACAGCAACGGCUACAAUGCCUCCACACAAGACGACGAAUUCCUCCGCCUCGACGCUCCUCAACAAGACCUCCUCCUCCUCCAUGGCCCUCGCCAAAAGUACAAGCUCGAAAAGUCAAAAGAGAUCCCUGACCUACAAGGCGAGCGAGAAAUUCUCGUCCAAGUUCUCGCCAUUGGCCUCAACCCAGUCGACUGGAAGGGCGCCGACUAUGGCUUCAGCCAGCCCAGCUACCCAUGGGUCAACGGCCGCGACUUUGCAGGCAUUGUCGUCCGAGCUCCACGCACCAACUCCCGCAUUCAACAAGGCGACGUCGUCUUCGGCCCAUCCACCGACUACCGCGAUGUGAGGAAGGCGGCGUAUCAAGAGUAUGUUGUUACCACAGACUACAAUGUGACGAGGAUACCCCAAGGCGUCAGCGUCAAGGAGGGCGCUGCGCUGGGCGUGGCGUGGGUGGCUGCUACGGUGGCAUUGGGUAUCAGCUUUGGUCUGGACUUUUCCAGCAUCAGCGGUGCUCCUCGCGGGCCGGAUCUUGUCAAGUUGGUCCGUCAGCUGCGGCAGAACGAUGUGCCUGAGGAUAUCCGCGAUGAGAUCUUCUCGGGUAUUGAAGACUCUGAGCGCCCACAACCUGGCGAGUGGCUCGCUAUUUGGGGAGCGAACAGCACGACUGGCCAGAUCGCUCUUCAACUCGCCAAGCUUGCUGGCUUGAAGGUGGCUUGCAUUGCCGACAUCGCGCGUGGAGGCGGACGUCUCACUGAGCUGGGAGCCGACUUCCUCGUGGACAAGUACGACGACAAGCGUGCGAUUGAGAUUCUCAGAGCUGUCACUGGUGGCAAGCUCCGCUUCGGUGUCGACUGCAAUGGCAAGGAAUCGGCAACGUCACUUCAAGAAGCUCUCACCACCAACACCAGCGGUCUGAAGUCCCACCUCCUCGGCUUGACUGGCCUCCCCAAAUCUGUUGGCCGCAACGUCGUCCACCACAAGGUCCCCAUAAAGAUCUUCCACGAAGCUCCCGGUGUUGGAGAGGCCAUUUCCACUUGGCUUGAGGAUCUCCUCAUUCGUCACAGCUUGAAACUCCCAGAGGUCGAAGUCGCACAAGGCGGUCUGUCCGGCGUCAACGAUGCGCUCGACCGUAUGCGUACUGGUAAGAUCGGCGGCAAGCGCAUUGUCGUC